GCUGCAACAGAGCAGAAGGUGUGUGAUCGUCUAGAAAUUGCUUUGGAUUCAGAACCUGGGAAAACGAGGUUCUAGUUUUCCGCUCAGAAUUUGUACCACGGGAUCUUCCAUCGUUUCCUAUCUUCCCACAUUCACUAGUUUCCAGCUUUUAGUUUCAACAGAAACCUUUGCUGCCUCCCUACCAGAAAAUUCAAAAGGAGGAAGGGAGAGUUUUACUGGUGUCCCAUACUCAGGUCUGAAGGGGAAGAAGCGGGGGCAAAAGAGCUUGCACAUUUUUCCUUGUGAUGAAGAGAGAAGUUAAAGCAUGACUGCUCCUACCUACCAAAACCCCUCUCUGAUGUCUGUCCCCUUAACCGCUCACCUGUUGUCAGCUGCCUGCUGCCUCCUUUCUUGCCAUGUGGUUAGAGACACACUGGAAGAACAUCCGCCAAACCCUGCUGCUUCUGUUCACCGCUGCUCUUCUCAUCGGGGUCACCAUGCUGGCCAUCUCAUCUAACAUCAACCCAGUGGGCUAUUUCUUCCUGGGGGUAGGGGGCGUGUGCCUCAUUGGCUACUUGCUGAGUGUGUUUGUCGAGUGUUACCUGAGCAAUCAGCACCGACGUGAUGCGAAUGAGACGCCUCCAAAUAGGCAAAGCCAAGCAGGGGUGAACGCUGCCUACGAAGCGCCCACCUAUGAGGAGGUGAUGACCACAUCAGUUCCAGCAAUAUGGACGAUUGCCUCCAACCCAGGCUCGGUGCCCUCCCCGCUGAACGAGCCUCCUCCUUACAACGCAGUUAUUGAAUCGUCCUCCCGAGAGGAGAUGACGGUGGAGGCUCUCAGGGUGUCGGUGGCAUCAGAGCCCGAGGCAGGCGCAGGCUCCAGGCUCCAGCUGCAGCUGGUGCUGCCCCCAAGGCUGCAGCGCUUUGUUUCCGACAUCCAUGAAGUGAAAGGCAUUGAGGAGAGGUUUGAGCCGCUGGCACCACUCACUCCACCACCUGCUUAUGAGACUGCCAUCAAUGAUGAUGUCUUCGAAGAUGCUUUCCAGCCUACCAUGCUAUGAUUAAUUUCACCUUCCGUGACUGCAGAACCAACCCUCCCCCAAUACAGGAUGCUCCUAGAGGGAAGGUGAAAGAGCUGAGAUUUUUCACACCUGGAACUGCAGAAGUUGGUCUCACCAUUCUUACAACCAGAGUGGAGAGACAGAUGCAGCUUCUAAUGUCACUAGAAUAUUUUUGCACAAAAUAUCAAUCAAUGCAAUACCACAACACUGUCUCGGCAGAUACAUAGAACCACUGUGAGGACAGUUGUGUUCUCAGUGGCACCAGUUCUCAAACAGGAGAUGCACCUUCCUGGGGGAGGAGAGGGAACCACGAGAGAGGACAAGCUUGCCAAAGGACCUCUGAAGGACUGUGGGAUGCAGCCAGAAGCUGCCUGGGGAAGGGGGGAGGACAGAAGCUGCACCGAGGCAGUUCUACCUGCACAUUGCAAACAGCAGCACUGCUGAGAUCUGUGCAGUCACCAGCCACCCUAAAAUCCCUGCAGAGUGACCCAGGCUGCUGUUUCACAGCAAUACAGAUCUAUGGUCUGUGCUGCUUGUUGCUACUCCCCUGUUGCACGUUCUCCACAUCCUCGCUGCACUGCGUGGGAGCGCAGCUGGGGGGAGGCUGGCGGGCCUCCUUCAUCUGCCUGGUACCUGGCAUUUGGGGUUGAAGCGCUGAAGGCAAACGUGGCACCAGGAAUGACUUCUGUGGUUCACCAGGUCCUCAUCCCACCCGGCCCGCCAUGGUGGGCAAGAGGGAGAUAAUAGCAAUGUGUCACCCGUGAGAGUGGCCAGCAGUGGGAUGCACCCACAGAGGCAUCCUCUGCCUGCACUGCUGCCCUUCACAGCCCCACAGGGGAGGGGGGGUUUCUGCUGCCCUACAGACCCACCCAAGCAGGUGGCUUUCUGUACUUCACUGUCCUCAUGGCCAGCGUUUGUGCAGAAAGGCACACGCUCCUCCGAUUCUCUGUAGCUGUGCAUGGAAGCUUCUUGUCAGCCCCAGGAGGGGCCACUUGCCUGCUGAGGCCACAGCCGAGGGCACCUGAGUCACAGCCCCAGCGCGCUCGCCGUCCUUGUCACAGUGGCUCUGCGUUGCAGCCAGUGCAAGCUGCCAGCGAGUGACACUGGCAGGCUCUGCAGCGUCUCGGCCGUCUGCAGUACACAGACUGACACAGGCCUGGGCAAUGUCCAAAGCAAAAAUAAAAAUGUGGUGGCCUGAACCUCCUCAUGGUGGGGAGCAGCAGCUGUCACAGCCUUGUCUCAUGCAACUGCAUUGUCUUUAAUUCAUAUGAGGAACCAUCAAACCAUAAGCAAAUAAAUUAUUUCUUGUUUCUUUAUAGUUCAAAGGAAAAAAAAGACCUUUAAUGUUGUUUA